UUGUCUCUCCUCAUACACUGACAGGAAAGCUGCCAAAGACAGGAAUCAUGUGACCAUCACGUGACCCAGCAUUUGGGCCCUGCAUAGUGAGGUGGCUCAGGCUAUCAAACAUUGAACGACAAAGGGAUUCCCGGCGCUGAUUGGAGCGAAAAUCAAUGACGCAAUGACGUUGCCGGGUUCCGCUCUCCCGCGGAAGGACAGAUGAUGAUUACCCAUUCAGACUUCACUUUCAACUCGUUCGGACAUCGCUGAAAAAUAAAAGUAGCUACCAAUUCCACUGGCACCACAAGCCGGCUUUUGCUGUCAGAUGAUUGGAGUAGAUUUCUGGGAUUAUGUUGACACUGUAGAGAAGGCAUCAGAAAUGACGGGCAUAGACUCGGCGCCUCUAAGUGGAGUAAAUUGGAUGUCUGUAGACGAUCGCGGGUAUUAAAGAAAUACACCUUGCCGCCGGUGACAAGAGCAAGGUGAAGUUUUUUCCUUUUUAAUUAUGUCGUUAAGUUGAUAGGCGAUUGCAUUGGUGGUUUAAAAACACUGCUGUUGAACAUUAAUGACUGAGUUAACACGGAUGAUUGAAAAGUAAGGAUAGCCUACGACGAAGAAAAAUUUGAAGUCAAUCCAAACAAAACAAGCAAUCUAUUCACUGUAGACUUUGAAAUGACUUGAUCAACGUGCCUUUUCCGUUUAUGCAUGUCAUCUCGUUCAUUAUUUUACAAACGAAUCAUGGAACAUUUGAGGUGAUCACUUUGGCAACGCCACCCAGAUAUCCCUGAUCCCAAACCACACGAAGUUCAUCUCAAAAGGUCACAUCGCCUAUUUUGGAUAUCAUUAUUGGAUCGCUGACUCCAGAGUAGUGGCCUUUGUGCUAUGAACUCACAGACCGCAGCAUUUGCGCCCAGCCCGCACUGACACUUCAAGUGUCUUGGCACGAAACCCGUGAAACACCUUGCUACUACAUCGGAGAACCGUUUGUUGGCGGCAGGAAUGUUCGCGGCGGUCGAGCAUGGCCCCGUGCUCUGCAGCGACUCGAACAUCCUCUGCUUGUCCUGGAAAGGGCGCGUGCCGAAGAGCGAGAAGGAGAAGCCGGUGUGUCGGAAGCGCUACUAUGAGGAGGGCUGGCUCGCGACGGGGAAUGGCCGGGGUGUUGUAGGAGUGACGUUCACUUCAAGCCACUGCAGAAGGGACCGGACGACACCUCAGAGAAUAAACUUCAAUUUGAGAGGACACAACAGUGAGGUGGUUUUAGUCCGCUGGAACGAGCCCUUCCAGAAGUUGGCCACCUGCGACACUGAUGGAGGCAUCUUCGUGUGGAUCCAGUAUGAAGGCCGCUGGUCUGUGGAGCUAGUCAACGACCGUGGAGCUCAGGUCAGCGACUUCACGUGGUCACAUGAUGGCACACAGGCGCUCAUCUCCUACCGCGACGGCUUCGUGCUGGUGGGCUCUGUCAGCGGUCAGAGACACUGGUCGUCCGAGAUCAACUUGGAGAGUCAGAUCACCUGUGGCAUCUGGACCCCUGAUGACCAGCAGGUGCUGUUUGGCACAGCUGAUGGUCAGGUGAUCGUGAUGGACUGCCACGGCCGCAUGCUGGCCCACAUCCUGCUCCACGAAUCAGACGGCAUCGUGAGCAUGGCCUGGAACUACCCCAACUUCCUGGUGGAGGAUAGCAGCGAGAGCGACACCGAUUCAGAUGACUAUGCUCCCCCACAGGUGCACAGCCUGCGGCCGCUGCUAACGGUCUGCUUCACCUCGGGAGACAUCAACCUGAUGAAUAACUAUGACGACCUCUCUCCCAUACACAUCCGCUCAGGGCUAAAAGAUGUCGUGGUACAGUGGUGCUCUCAAGGUGACCUGCUGGCUGUGGCUGGGAUGGAGAGACACGUAGUGUCUUCUGACCCCGCCUGCGCUCCCUCGGCAAGGAACGCCACAGUAAAAUUCUACAACGUCCGCGGGGAGCACGUCUACACCCUGGACACACCUGCACAGCGCCCCAUCACCACGCUGUGCUGGGGCCACCGUGACUCGCGCCUGUUCCUGGCGUGUGGGCCAGCGCUGUACGUGGUGCGUGUGGAGCACCGUGUGGCCAGCCUGCAGCUGCUGUGCCAGCAGGGCAUCGCCAGCGCCGUGCGUGAGGAGAAGGACGUGGCCAAGCUCACCAUGCCCUCCCGCCUCGGAACCUACGUCACCACCGCCUUUGCACCCACCAUCAAGCCCCCUAUUCCCGAUCCCAACAACAUGCGGGACUUUGUCAGCUACCCCACGUCCGGGAACGAGCGCCUGCACUGCACCAUGAAGCGCACGGAGGACAACCCCGAGGUGGGGGGACCCUGCUACACCCUCUACCUGGAGUAUCUAGGCGGCCUCGUGCCCAUCCUCAAGGGCCGCAGGAUCAGCAAGCUCCGUCCGGAAUUCGUCAUCAUGGACCCCAAGACCGAUGGGAAGACCGGUGGGUGUUGUGUGGAACAUGGGUGCAAGAGAGAUGAAGUCUAUGGAAACACUUUGAUCUCCUCCAUGAUUGACAGCUGCAACUGUUCCGACUCCAGUGACAUUGAGCUUAGUGAUGACUGGGUGGGCAAGAAAUCACCAAAGAUAUCCAGGGGAAGCAAGUCACCCAAACUACCGCGGAUCAAUAUAGAUCCCCGAAAGUCCCCAAAGCUCUCCCGUGCCACACAGGAAAUAUCACGAUCACCACGGUUACCAAUCCGGAAACCCUCCAUUGGUUCUCCGAGCCUGACCCGCAGAGAGUUUCCACUUGAUGACAUCACACAGCAUAAUUACCUUGCUCAGGUGACAUCUAAUAUAUGGGGAACCAAGUUCAAAAUUGUUGGGCUUGCCACUUUCUUGCCAACAAAUCUUGGCGCAGUCAUCUACAAGACAAGCCUGCUUCAUCUUCAACCUCGUCAAAUGACCAUCUACCUGCCUGAGGUGAGAAAGAUCUCCAUGGACUACAUCAAUCUGCCAGUGUUCAGCCCCAACGUCUUCAGCGAGGAUGAGGAUGACCUCCCUGUUACCGGGCCCUCAGGAGUGGCUGACGACAACCCUCCUUGCACUGUUAAUAUCCCCAUUGCCCCCAUUCACAGCCCUGCUCAAGCCAUGUCUCCAACCCAAAGCAUUGGGCUGGUUCAGUCACUCUUAGCCAAUCAGAAUGUCCAGUUGGACAUCCUGACCAAUCCUAUGGCCACUGCAGCAGCAGUGGCGGCGGCAGCAGCAGCAUCUGAUCAAGGCCAGGAUUCUGUGCUGACGGCUCAGUACACUGUUCCCACCAGAUACUCCAGCCCUGGUCAGGUGAUCUUUGGGGGGCUGGAGGUCGGAAGGCUUCUGGUCGGUCCAGCGCUGUCUCAUCAGCAGCAACAGCAACAACAACAGCAGCAACAACAACAGCAACAACAGCAGCAGCACCACCACCAACUUCAACCGCAUCAAAUUCAACAACUUCAGCAGCUACAACAGCAACAACAACAGCAACAGCAGCAGCAGCAACAACAUCAACAAUUACAGCAGCAACUUCAGCAGCAACAGCAACACCAACAUCAGAUGCUUCAGCAUCAACAAAUGCAGCAGCAUCUCCAUCAAAUGCAACAACAGCAGCAAAUACAGCAGCAACAACAGAUACAGCAAUUACAGCAGCUGCAACAGCAUCAACAACAACUACAACAGCAUCAACAGAUGCAGCAGCAACAGAUGCAGCAGCAACAACUGCAGCAACAUCAGCAGCAGAUUCAGCAGCAACAACUCCAGCAGCAGCUACAACAACAAAUGCAGCAACAGCAACUACAACAGCAACAUCAACAGAUGCAGCAACAGCAGCAGCAGCAGCUACAACAACAGCAACAGAUUCAGCAGCAGCUACAACAGCAGCAGCAGCAACACCAACAGAUGCAGCAACAGCAGCUUCAGCAACAACAACAGCAGCAGCUGCAGCAGCACCCCAUUCAGAUCCAGAUCCCACCUAACCCCCUACCUCAGGGCCAGUCUCCCGGUCCACUCCUUCAGCUCCAACAGGCGAUGCUACAGGUGCCUCACUCUCCCAGUGACCACGCGGCUGUCGAACGAGUGGAGCACGAGCACCUGUUGAAGAUCAAACCCACACGCUCCACUCCUCAGCUGGCUGAAGGUGAUGCUGUGGUCUUCAGUGCUCCCUUAGAGCUCAGCAAAAUGAACCCGCCUCCCCCUUACCCGGGGACGGUGGCGGCCGCAGUCGCGGCGGCUGCAGCUGCUGCCUCGGCCGCCUCGGCUGCCGGGUCGGCCGUCUCUGGCGGGGCAGGGGGGGUGAGUGGAACGCCGCCCCCAGUGGACUUGUGCCUGAAGAAAGGGGAGUUCACGCUGUACCCUCCCGGUGCCCAGGGGGUGCAGUACCCAACGCCGCUGGGCUACGAGAGGAUCACAACGUUUGACAGCAGUGGAAACGUAGAGGAGGUUUGCCGCCCGCGCACGCGGCUCGUGUGCAACCAAAAUGUUUACACUCUGCAGGGCCCAGGAAGCUCUGCCACCCUCAGGGUCACUUCUUCCUCCGCUUCGGCCGCGUCCGCCGACGGCAAGAAAGUGCAACUCCCGUACGCGUCCGCCACCCUCAAUCGCCUCACUGUGCCCAGAUACUCCAUACCAAGCGGAGACCCACCCCCUUACCCAGAUCCGGCGAAUCAAACAAACUCAGGGCGGACCCCAGGCCAGAGGCUCGACAGCAGCCUCAUCCACGCCACCUUGCGGAGGAACAGCCGCGAGGCUGCACUCAAAGUGUCCCAGAUGUUGGAUCCUCAGCGCACUCUCCCCACCAAAGCAAAAGCUAGCAGCUCGCUCACAGCCACUUACCAGCAACGCGUACCCACGGCGCUUUACACGUGUAGCCAGUGCAGCAGUAACAACAACGUGAGUGGGGCCGCCGGUAGUAGCAACGGAAUUGCUGGCGGCACCAUCAUCCGACAGGACUUUCCGCCCACAGGAAGUGGUGCGCCACACAGCACCGUCAUAGUGCAUUCGAACAGCGCCUCGCCCCUCCCUUCUCAGUCGUCUUACAACCUGCUGAGUUUGGAUGGGAGUAGCAGCAGUGGUGGUGCGACGGGUGGCGGGAGUGGCGUUGGUCGAGACAGGGCGGACUACGUGAACACUGCCUUCACGGAGGACGAGGCACUGAGUCAGUCACUGAGGCACCUGGCGGUGGGUACCGAAGUGGGUACGCUGACUGUCAAACGUCCGCCCCCGUACCAGUGGGACCCGUCGGCCACCGAGGAGAUCUGGAUCCCACAGGAGAGGACCACCACACUGGCUCCUUCGCCUGGCCCACCGGGCCCGCAUAAGCCACCUCCCCUCAUUCUCAGCCCUGCCCAACACCUUGACGUGUCUCGGGUGCCCUUCGUUCUCUCCCCUAAGUCUCCCACCUCCCCAAAUGCCGCCUCUUUCCAGUUGGCAGGGGGAUAUCCGAUCACUUUGCCCUACUCGACAGCUACAGGUUACAGUGGGGCUCAGCUUCAGGCCAUGCAGGCAUCCCCACGGCCUUGCUCCCCCAAAGAAGUGGUAGCCCCUGUGCCCUUUUCCCAGCAAGACCCACCACUGGUGUUGUCGCCAGGCUAUGCACAAAAUCUUGCCAGUCUGGCCUGCUGCCCGCUACCCCCGAUGUAUCCUAGCGCAAACUCUUGCGCAGGAGUCCCCAUGACCCCCAUUGCCUUGCACCCAUGGGGCACCUACAACCCGUGCCCACCCAUGUCGAGCCCAGCAGGGACCCUCCCUCCAAAAGCCUCUCAUAUGGUAAUGGAGAAGCAGGUUCUCUCCCCUCCUCCACCGCCACCCCCAUCCCAAACCGCGGACCUGCAAGGGCACCUCGGAUCCUCUGAGGCUUCUGCCGAGACUGGUGAAGGUUUCCAGGAGGUGCUGUCGCUCAACGAGAGCCCUGUGCCGCAGCGAGCCGACAAAUUCGGCAAGAAGAGUCGCAAGAGGCUGGACAACGGUCGCGCCGACGAGACGAACGUUCCGGCCAUCACAGAAGGCGGCAGCAAGUCCAAGAAAGAUGGAGGCCGGGCCCUCGGCGACUUCAACUCCCUCAUCUCGAGUCCCAGGCUGGGUGGGCGGGACAAAAAGAAGCCCAAGGGCCAAAAGGAGCAAUUGAAGGCGAAAAAGCUGAGCAAAGCCACCACGAACGAGUUCCAGGACAGCUCGGAGAGCGAACCAGAGCUCUUCAUUAGUGGCGACGAACUUCUGAACCAGAGCCAGAACAGCAAGAAGGGCUGGAAGACCAAGAGGAGCCUGAGAGCAGGGGCCUGCGAGCUGGAUGAGAUUAAGUGCCGCAAGGCCAACGAAAAGGAGGACCGCAGCCUGGGGAGCCAAGGCUUCGUCUAUGUUAUGGCCAACAAGCAGCCACUGUGGAACGAGGCCACACAGGUCUACCAGCUGGAUUUUGGCGGGAGAGUUACUCAGGAGUCGGCAAAGAACUUUCAGAUUGAGCUUGAGGGGAGACAGGUUAUGCAAUUUGGAAGGAUUGAUGGGAACGCUUACAUACUGGACUUUCAGUAUCCGUUCUCUGCUGUGCAAGCUUUUGCAGUGGCCCUGGCCAACGUCACCCAGAGACUGAAGUGAUCAGCUUGUCUCCCUCUCUCUGUGGUUUUAUAAGAAGAGUUUCUGUUGUGGGACAGUUCUUAACUUGAGUUGAGUUUGAUUAGCAAUCGGUUACAAUGUGUCCGAGGAAGCCCACCACAAAGAGCUCUGGAAAAGCCUCCACCAGAAUAGGGGAAGCUGAAAACGGCGCCCCCUGGAGGAAGAGAGUGGCUCUUCAGACUGGCAGGAGAUGUCUGCUCGUCUGGAGACAAGGAGCUCGGUGUUCUGCUGUUGUAAUACAAACCAACACUCCUGGUUUAUAGAGGCUAAGAGAAACGACACCCCUGUCCCCGAACAGACUGCCUUACAUGAACUUUACUCUCUUGAUGAAAUGGUCACAUCUCAGAGUUCUUUUUGUUUUGUGCUUGUGUCUGUCCAAUUUUAAAAGUAAGCAACAGUAAUACUUGAAACCUUUUUGCUUUCUGGAAAAUGGCCAUGAUUUUCCAGACUAUAGAGGUACUACUGGGCACUGAAAUCAAUUGCUGUAAGUUGUGUAAGUGAUAUUGUGUGUAAGGAACAGUACAUUUACACAAAAUAUCUACAUCUGUUGAACUCAGAGUAAGUGAGGGUUUGUCUCUUGAACUAAGUCAUAAAUCCCCUUUAGUCAUUUGAUUGGUUUUCCACUGGUGGCGCGUUUUGUGAUCGGUCAAAUGAAAGAUUAUCACUUGAUUUAAAAUGGGACUGAAUGAGCUAUGUAUGAAAUGUUCUGGUAUGUAUGGUUUGGUAAAGGCAAAAAAACUGCAGCAAUCACAUUUCAGGGUGAUUUUUGUUGUUGUUUUUUUUUUUUUUGUUUCACACCAUAUCCUUUACAUAAUACUUGUUCAUUUGUGCCCCCGUCUAUGUUGGAUAAUAUUAUUUCUCCUAAUUAUUAUAACCUAUAUAACACUUUGUGUUCAUCACUAUCAGCAUUAUAAUUGUAAUUGUAUAUAUUUAUGUAGGUGUGUCAAACAAUGUUGUUGUACCUUGUUUACACCACCUUUGUAGAUGUUUUGUUUUGGGCAUCAGUUACUGAGACUGAAAAUGGCACACUAAAUCUGAGUAUUCAAAAUUCUCAAAAGUAAAAUAAAAAAUGGCGCGUUAUUAGCCAUGACCCAUCACUUCUAUGAAGUGAGUUGUGCAGGUAAAGCUAAUGCCUGGUUUAAGCAAGGUACAAUGGAUAUUUUUCUAUGUCUCAUAAAUGUCAUUUCAUGUGUGUUUUUUUUAAUUAUAACAAAUUUGUCAUAAACUUCAUGCAUUACAAUGUAGACCCCUCAUAGAAACAACAACAAGCUGUAUGUGUCCAACACCCUGAAAUAAGUGCUUCUUUGUGCAAGUACACUGACUGACAACUAGACAUAGUAGCCUUAUGUUCAGUGGAGGUGUUGAGUCAAGUGCAUGAAGCCUCUAUGAAGGAUCUUAUAAUCUGAUUGCAUAUUUGUUGAGUAAGUCAAGUGGACUGGCAUUGUGCUAUGAGAUGUGGUAGCCUGCUGGUUACUGCGAGCAGGUUUGAACUGACAUGGUGUGAUAACCAUGAAAGGUUUCAGUAUUAUGAGCAGGUGACCUGAUUGGCCUGCUUUUGCACAGUGGGAUUUCUGGUUUGUAUACCAUAACUCCACUGUGUGUGUGUGUGUGUGUGUGUUUGUCUUUCUCUUUGUGUGUUUUUUUGUAUGGAUAUAAUUGUUGCCAUCCGCAUAUGAAGUCUAGAUUGCAAUAUAUGAUUCAGUUAUUAGUACAGUUAUUUUUACAUUUUUGCUCUUUAAUACCUCCAAACCUAAAAAAGUCUGUGUGCCAAAGCUUAAUGCUGUUAGAUGGGACCAGGUGACUGUUUCCUCUCUUUGUCGCUCUUGUACCGUUUUGCUCUUUUGGUCUAACCCCUCCUCUACUUUUCAAUCUCAUAGAGCAGUCAUUGAGUUGAAUGAUUCAGCUCUUACUUGUCUAUUAAUUAAACCACAAGAGCUUGUUUAAAUUUUCUUAAGGUAAUUCAUGCAUUCAUUAUGUGUAUGAAGGUAAUGAUGGUGUCAUAUAGAUGUAAUGCCAGGAAAAUGUGUCUUUGGUGUGCAUUAAAUGGAAGCAUGACUGUUUUGAGAAUGACAAAAAAAAUGUUAUUGAGUUGAGAAGCCAAAAUGGAACACGCUCAUAAAUUCUUUUGUGUUAUUUUUGUUUGUGCAAUAUUUUGAAAGAUCCCAUCUUUUAAUGUUAAUGUUUUCCUGAGAAACUUGCACACAUUUAUUGUAGUGCAGGGUGGGGGUAAAAUGAAAUGGCGUAUCAUGCAGUGCUGGUUUGUAAUUUUUUUUUAUUUAUACUAAGGACAUUUUACUCCCAUUGCUGUAUAUAAGUUAUGUAGAUGUUGCUGAGCAUUUCUUUGUAUUGAGAAGAUUUGUUACUGUCGUGUUUGUAAAGGGGGAUAGAGGUGCUGUGUUUCAGAAUGGCUGUGGGCUACAGAAGGGAAUGAGUUUUUAUAUGUUAAUAGAGUAUAGUCAAGUGCAGUAUAGGUCGCGUAUCAUGUCAGAUGUGUUUGUGUACAGUUGUGAAGUCAACCGAUUUCAACACAGAUGAAUCUGUUAAGUACAUGUUCUUCUCAUUAUCUUCCCAUGCUAGAUAUGAGGUUUAUUUGUCAAUGAGAUGCACGUUUCUGUUUCUUUUUGUUUUCGCUCAUCUGUUCAUGCAAGGAGACAUCACAUUUUCCAUUCUGAUAUGGUGUAACACUCGGUCUUCUGUAUGUGCUAAUUCCAACACUUGAGGAGAAUGAUCUUAAACUCCUGAUGAAUGGUUGAGAUUAACUGUAUGGGAAGGUGUAGCAUUUUUGAAAAGUGUUUAACUGAACAGAUAUGCUUUGUACACAUAGUUGUAGGCAACGAUGAUAAAAAAAAAAAAAGAAAUACUUGAAAAAAAUGGGAGACUAAUUUGGUGACUGAAUGUUUUGUGGAAGGUAGCAAGGCAUGCCAUGUAAAUUAUUUUACACUGUAUAUGUCACUCAUUUCAAAACUUUGUGCUGGUUUGGAAGAAAUAAAAUGGAUGGAUUGGC